AUGCCAAGUGAGACAUCAGGAUUGACACUGCGCGACUUUGUUGCCGUGUCCGGUGUGCCGGGCUGCGAUGUGCUGUGUGGUAGGCGAGGCGGCGGCUUCCGUAGGACUGUCUGGGCCAUAGUUCUCACGACGCUCCUGUCACUGACACUGCACGAGUGCAUCCAGGUCUUCUUGGAGUACGGCAGAUUUCCCGUCUCGUUCGACUACAGCUACGAGGAAGAGAAUUCCCUGCAUUUCCCCGGCGUCACUGUCUGCAACGUGAACCCAGUGAAGAAGGCCGCACUCUGCCACUCGCGGCUGCCUUCUUCGCAAGCCAUGCCGGAGCAACUGCGCAAAAGGCUGUGCGAGAACGAGACAACCUUUUACGACGUGAGAUCAGCGCUGACUAUGCGUAGUCUCUUCGUUGUCCCCUGGUUCUAG